AUGGGCUUUAACAAAGUAAAUAACGAAUUAACUCAGACCAACUUGUAUGAUCGUGUAAAAAAAUUAUUAGUUUCAUAUGAAUGGAGUGAUUGCUGUUUCGCUGUGUCAGGGAAAAAAAUUAAGGCCCAUAAAUUAAUAUUGUGCAUUAGCAGUCCUGUUUUUGAAGCAAUGUUUUAUGGGCCUCUAUCCAGUGACAAGGAAGUCGUAAUUACAGAUAUUGAACCAGAAAUAUUUCAGCAGCUACUGAAUUACAUAUACACAGACAAAGUUGAAAUAUCUUCUAUUGAAGAAGCACUUGAAUUACUGUAUGCAUCCAGAAAAUAUAUUUUAGAUCACUUGACUGAUAUGUGUAUUGCUUACAUACAAACUAAUAUUUGUGUGGAUAAUGUUAUUCAAGUUCUUAAUUAUCCUGACUACGACAAGCAAUUAACAUCAUGUGCACUGAAAUUGUUCUGUGAGCAUGCAAGAUAUCUAUUCAGAGAAAACAUAGAUAUGAUUUCGUCCUCUUGUAUGGAAAUAAUUUUAAAAAGUGACCAGAUGAAUAUGAAAGAAGUGGAACUCAUUAAAAAUGUAUUUAAAUGGACUAAACAUUACUGCCAACAAAAUGAAAUUCCUGAAACAUUUGAAAAUAGGCAUGAAGUAUUGUUCAAAAAUGGGUUAUUUGAGUUAUUAAGAUUCAACUUACUAUCUUUUGAAGAAUUAGAAGAAAUAACAAAUAAUGUAAAUAACAUUCUUCUCCCUAAAGACUUAAAUUAUAUCAAGAAAUCAUUGUUGUUAGAAUGUGAAAAUAAUGAAAGAAGAAGCCUACAUAAACACAAAUAUUUGCCACGCAGCCCCCUGAAACUGCAAUGGUAUCUUUGUUACCGAAGUCCCUUGAGACCUGUGGCUCCUUUAAAUAUAGACUUAACCAAUUACAUCAAACAUUCAAGGAUAAAAGCGAAUAAGUCUAUAUUUAUCAAUUCCCUUUGCAUACCAGCCCGAACACCACCUAAUUUAGCUUUUUAUAAUGAUAAUGUGCCAAAAACUUAUACAGAGCUGUUAUCAGUCUCCAUUGUUUCAGUUUCUGAUAACAAAAUACUACAAUCUAAAAAAUUUACCAGCACAGUGAAAUAUGAUUCCUCUGUUGAAAUAGAGCUCAGUGAACCCUGUUUUAUAAAAAAGAAUAUGUGGUACAAUAUCCAGUUUAUGUGGCCACAAAACCAGUUUCAACCACAUUCAUAUGUAGUAGAAGUUAGAGAUCGAAUCUCAUAUGGUUAUAAGACUCUAACAAUUGAGUUUGAUGACUUGAGUAAUGGAACACCUGUAGGAAGUUUUCUUGAAGGAUUGAAGUUUUGUUUUUAGUUAUUAAUCCAAUAUUUAUUCAUGUAACCUUAUUUGAAAUUUAUUUAUUAAACUUACCUUAACUUUACUUAUCAA